AUGUCUUCGACCGCCACAUCGCUGGUCCCAGCUUCCGCGCGAACGUCCCUAUCUUCUGCAGUGUCGUCAGUGUCUCCUGCGUUGCGAGGAGCGGUCACAGCUCCAACGACACCCGCAUCAAGAAACGCCGAAGCGAAACCUUCGCCAGGCACCUUCAGGCACCCUCGUCUCGCGGAGAUCGUGGCCAGACAGAAUAAGACAAUCCUUACGCAAAGCAAUGUCAGAAGCGCAGCUACCAACACAGCGGCGUUGGUCCUGUCCUUUGCGUUUCGAAAAAUCAUCGCAACCACCUUUCGCACGAUCCUGAGUGUCCUCUCGAUGUCCUCCGAUACGUCCGGCGACGUGACUGCUCUGUUGCUGCUCGCUAUACGCAUACUCUUUCUUGUCAACAUUGUUCUCUCGCUUCGGCAAGGAAUCCCAUACCUUGCGCGCAGAGACAACAUCGAAGACAUACCCCUUACGCCAUCCCAGCGGUCCCUUCUUGGACUGCCACCAUCUACGAAGACCACACCCGCGAGUUCACCCCUUGCACCUUCCACCGGCUACGUGACCCCGCCGCGCUACCACCGUCGCCUCUCGGGCAGCGCCUCCCCAUCAGCAUCCAUGAAUGGCACUCCCACCGCUGAGCCUGUGAGCGCCGACCGACGGUCAAUUUCCGCCAAUUAUUCCGCCACACCCCUCUCAACCAGUCGAUAUACGCUGGGUUUCAGCCCUUCACCAAACGCCCCGCAAACUCAACCGUACAACCGCACAGGACGCGUCGCUUCCGGGUCGCCUUUCAGUCCGUCGGGUAGUCCACUGUUUCACAAGGCCAUCGAUCGGCAAAGACGGCAAUCGCAGGAUUUCGAUUUUGGCCGGUCGCCAGGUCUGGCCCGGGGCAACAGUCGCAAAGAGGGAGCCGGUGACCGGGGAAGUCCACUGCCGAGGGCAAAGAAGGGCGUCAAUUUCAAGUGGCUGUAUGAUCAAAGCUAUUCGUUUGGCAAUGGAGGCGGAAGAGGACUGUCUACGAGCCAAAGCAUGAAUUUUUGA